AUUAUAUUUUUUCCUUACCCUGUAUUUUAAAAAUUGGAGCUUUGCAUAGGCAUUUGGCCAUGGCGCCACGCCAUUGCUAACAUUUCAUAUGUUUUUAACAAAAUUUAACAAUCUUUUCGCUAAUAAAAACAUCCUAUCUAAACAAUUAUGUUCGAAACAACUAGAUGCCGAUAAGUACGGUAGGCAAGAGGAUUCUUCUGUUAAAAAUCGAAUUUUAAUAUUUAAAGAACAAAAGAAUGAUGACCCUAGGAAAAAUUACUUUGAUGCCAUAAAUGUGUUUAUAGCUCAGGGAAAGCAUGGAAGGGGUGCAGUCGAAUUCAUCUAUGAUAUUCUGGGAAAAAUGAAACCAUGCAAUGUUCAUAAAAAUCUUGGGGCUUACAAAGCCUUAUUGAGUGUCUUCCCAGUCAAAAUUAUGGUACCUGAAAAUACAUUUCAAGUUGAAUUCUUUCAUUAUCCCAAACAACAAACAUGUGCUAUUACGGUUCUCGAUUUUAUGGAACACCAUGGAGUAGCGCCUGACGAAGAACUUUUUAAUAUACUUAAAGAUAGGUUCGGAGAGUGGACUCACGUGUUGAGGAAAUUCAGGAGAAUAAUGUAUUGGAAGAACAAGUUCAAAAAUAUAAAUCCUUUUUUAGGCAUCACACAACCUCUAGAAGAUUUGAUACCCCCUUCUGCCUAUGGAAAGGUUGACAAUUUAGGACGUUUAACAAUGACAUGCUCUCAAUUAGCAUUAUACAGGAUGUACCAAGACGUGGAUAUGGACCUAGAAAUUCAUACGUUUUAUCCUUCGCACAAUAUUCCUACUUAUCCUAAUUCCUCUAACUUGAUUGAAAGUUCAGAAUUCGAUACUGAGAAAGACUCCGAUGAAUCCAAUAAACCUUUUAUCUACGAUGCUAAUAAUGAAGGUAGUUAUACUAAAAUAAUGAUAAACCACGAAAAUGGAAUCAUGAGAGCCGAUUCAAGACACCACACUUCUUACCUCAUAAAACGAGAUGAUAACAAAUGUUUGAAGGCUAAAUUUAAGGAACUUAAAGAAUUAGAUCGUAAUAUAAAAGACCCUUUCGUUUUUCGUGAAACGCUCUUGGAAUCAUAUGACAAAUAUGCUGAUUUGUUGGACAAAUCUCAAUGGACAUUUAUUGUGGGGCAGACUCCGGAACAAAAAGCCUUACUAAAUCAACUUGUACAAGAAUUUGGGGAAAAAGACAAUAAACCCUCGAUAUUAACUGUAGAGGGUCCCGAUGUAACUUGGGUACAGGGUCGACCCAUAAAAUAUUUUACGUUGAAAUCAAAUCUAACUCAAAAAGAAAUGGCUAAAAGAGAAGGAAUAGAUAGACUGGAUUCUAGGGAUUAUGAUGACGUAUCCGAUUGGCCAAUGUAUUUCGAAAAACCUGGAAUUCCCGUUGACUCUUAUCCAUUAACUAACGUUCACGAAAUUAUGCCAGACGGAGCUAAAAUAUUCGCCACGGUUAUAUUUAGAUCCGAUAUCACUCCCGAAGACUGGAACUUUUUUGGGGGAGCGACAAAAAAAACAAAAAGUUUGGAAAACAUCGAAUCGAAUUCUUAUAAAGCUAGCCAGUUAAACAUUUCGAACACCAAAAAAUUUGUCCAUAACGAUUUUUAUUUUGACAAAGAUAAUCUAGAUGUCUAUGAAAAUAAUCUGAAUAAUGAUAAUCUAGUCGAUAUUGCAGAUGAAGACCAUGGUAAUAAUGAUAAUUAUCGCUAUGUCAAAAAUCGUGUCGGCAAAGAAAUUACUCAAGCUGACAUUUUCCACUGGCUAAAAUGCUUGGAGGUUUAUUUAGAUAACAAGAAUUUAUCCCAGGUGCCUACAGUGAUCAAUUUUAAAUCCGAUCCUAUCGAUAUCAGAACAUUUCAGUCAAACAAAGAUUUCAUGGAUAGUAAAAGCAGGGAUCAUUCGAGGCCUAUUAAUUUUGAAGAAGUUCAGCAUCCCGUUUACAAGCUUUAAUUUUUGGUUGUGAAAAGUUGUCAAUUAGAUUAUUUGAGCAUUCUAUUUCUAAGAUUUUUUAUAUUUUGAUUACUUUAUAAUCAAAAAUGAUAUUAGAUAGAGUUACAUGAUAUUAUCUCAAGUUUAUGUUUCAUUUGUCAAUUAUUAAAAAUCCGUAAAUAUUGAUCGACUCCAAUUACGAUUUAUAAUUUUUUUAUAUUUAUCUUCAUAUCUAUA